AUGGUGUUGUACCAGAACACCUCAGCCUCUGGCCACAACAGGCGCCGCCAAAAUAUGGAGUCCACAACCACCGUGAGAGCUACUAAGGCUAUACCAACAGGCGAAACGAGACUAACUGACGAUGUAUCUCAGUACCCCACAAUAAGCCAAUCUGAGCUGGAAACUGUGUUAAAUUAUAUACUUUCUUGGCCUCAAAGGCAAUGCAUGUGCUGUUAUAGAGAUGCAAAAAACUUUGAGAGAUUCUAUCUAGUAGUCCAGAGCAUACUCUGCUUGUCGGUAUGUCAGCUAAAACAACUUAAAGAUGAUUUAAUAGAAUCUGCUAAAACACAACCAUUACCUGAAAAUCAAGAUACACAAAAGCAGGAUGUUGCAAUUACUUCUAAGCACGAAGAAGAAAAGAGUGAAAAGAAGGAAGAUAGUGUGGAAACCGAGAGUACAAAACCAGACGAAGCGACUGACAAAGUUGAAGAUGAAGUCAGUGACAAACCGGAGACUUCAAACGCAAACCCCGAGUCAUGGUCGAUGCAACAGAAAGAAAAGCUAAUGCAUAUAGUCUCAAAAAUAUUCCUCUUAAACUUUCCUUUAUAUUUAGCCUGUAAACACACAGCUCUGAGCCGUUUAGAUGACUUGUCGGCACAGGAAAUAUCAAAUCUAAGUUCAUACUGUGAUCUACAUGAUACAGAAAUACCUGCAUAUUUAUUAAGGAAUGUUAGUUUGUUUUGUAAGUUGGGAGGGGUGUGUGCCAUGACGUCAGUGUUUGAAUCUGCAACACCGACAACUCUACCUUUGUCUAUGGCUCAUGCGAUAGUGGCAGCUGUAGGUAAUCUGAAGCUAUGGUUGAACUUUAGAGCGGUGGCGCAACUUUUUAUGCCAUUGAGAAGUAAGAUAUUGAAGUACAUGUGCAGUUUGGAGGACAAAGAUUUGAGGGUGCCAGCUGUUAAAUCUAUGGCAGAUUUCAUGUGGGGUGCUGCCAAAGAGCCACUGGAUGCACCCCUAUCCUUUGACGAGGAUGGCCUCGCUCUAGCGUUCAAAUACUUCAACAGUAGCACCCUGACCAUGCGACUAGCUGGCGUGGCUCAGAUCAAUGCUCAUAUAGCUGCCCACAAUGAACUGUGUGCUGGCGAAACUGCAGCGGACGUGGAGAUUGCGGGGCAGCAGUUGGCUGCUUGGUUGUCAUUCAACAAUAUCAUUGAACACUUGUUUGGACCUAAUUUACAUGUUGAGGUUAUCAAGCAAUCGCACAUGAUACUAAAGUUCCUCGCAGUGGAAGGCAGAGUGACUCCAGAACACGUGGAGCUUGUGUGGGCGGCCGCACAGUUGAAGCACUGCGGGCGUCAAGUGUACGACUUAUUACCAGGGUUCAUCAGAGCGUUAGCACCCAAGCCCUGUGCGCAUUUGUACAGUCUUCUGUGUGCGUUGCCACCCAAGGAACAUACAGAACAGAGUCUCUACCUUGCAUCAGCGCUAAUGCGCGCGAUGUGGGCGCGAGGAGGCUGCGGCGCCGGCGCCGCGUCGCCCGCGCCCGAGCCGCCGCGCCUCGCGCCGCCCGCCUGCAAGCCGCACCACCGCAGCUCCUCCGAAGCCAGUGUUAGCAUGGACCAGACCAACUCUGAUGAUGAUCCGUGUGAAGAGCUAAGUACAUCAGGCGAAGAAGCGGGGCCCACGCCGCGUAAACAGAGUAAACAUCAAAGAGAGCUUACUGCUGAGCAAGAGUGGCUUCGUGAUGGGGAGGAGCUUACGAAAAAAGAAUGCCCUACCCUCAAAUCUUGUCAGAAGCGCAACAAGCGCGCGGGCAGCAGCGGCAGCGCCAGCAGCGGCGCGGAGGAGGUGCUGCGCCCGCGCAAGAAGCUCUACAAGAAGCGCACCGUGCGCAAGCCGCGCAAGCCCCGCCACUUCCCGGCGCAGCUCAAAACUGCAGAGCUGGCGGAGUCAGUGUCAGAAGUGGAGGAGGAAUCGUCCGGCAGCGACACCGCGCACUGUCAACUUCUAUGUGAAAAUGUCGAUGCCAGAAGAUUAAUGGAGCUUCGGCUAAUGGAAAACUACAAAAGACGCGAGGAAGAGGAGGGCAGCGCAUCUUCUGCACUGUCCGCUCACUCGCACAGACAUUUACCCGACUUGGACGAGGAUGAUUCCGCCUGUGAGGAGGAACUGGCUCGACUCGCUGCGCAGGCACAGUGCCUGACGGAGUACGGCGGGGUGGGCGUGGGCGCGGGGCUGGAGGCGCGGCCGCCGUCGCCCGCGCCCGCGCCGCUGCCCUUCAACGUGGACGACGUGUGCCGGCCCGGCAACACGCUGCUCUGGGACCUGCUGCAGGACGGCGCCAUUGAGCAACUAGGAGAAGGCUUAGCUUUAGAAGCUGAAAAAGCACUUUGUGCUCUACUAUGUUUUAGUACAGACAAAUUCAUCAGGAUAAAAUUUAUUGAGGGAUGUCUAGACAACCUUGCAAAUCACAGAUCGGUAGCAGUAUCUCUCCGACUGCUGCCAAAAUUGUUUUCUUCAUUUCAACAACUACGCGGCAUGGAUAUGCAUCAGGUUGUAAUGUGGGCAGAACGCGAGCGGGGCAUGAUGAGGUUAUUCCUCGAAGAUUUACGCCAUUACGUGCAGAACCGCACCGUCAAUACGCCCAACCAAAGCACGCCCAGCAGCACUACAGACGCGCAGCACUACGCGCAUAUAACCGAGCUCACUGUCCGACUACACUUUCUCACUGCCAUCUUCUCGCCCGUGGGAUCACCGCAUCAUUUUAGGUUAACAGUAGACCAAGUGGAGGAGCUAUGGCAGUGUCUAGUGGUGCGGGGGACAAGCGAGUGCGCGGAUUGUCUCUACUCGUGGCUGCUGUCUCAUACAAAGUCUCCCGAUCAGCAUGCAUUGGGACUUGACGCCUUGCGGUUUCUUUACGUUGAGAAGAUGCCUACGCUUGAUCCAGAAACGAUAAGCAUAAUGGGGCUGAGCCUGUAUCAGCAACUCUGCAACCUGGCGCGUAUGGCGCUGGGAGCCGGCGACACGCGCGACGCGGCGCAUCCGCACACUCUGGCCAUGGACCAUUUGUGGAAGAUCGCUCUACGAGCCAAUAGCACAGAUGUCUCGAUGGGAGCCAUCCAAUACUUAAAUAGCUACUACAUGGGCCAACAGCUACAACAAGAGGAUGACUUCGUGUCCAAAUGCAUGUUCCAUCUCUCUUCAGCAGCUGAAAGACUCAUAUCGAAAGACAAGGACGGACAAGGGACGUCUACGUCACCUAGUGUUUCUAUUGAAGAGAAGGAAAAAGAGAAGCCUGUAGAUAAACAAAAUAUUUAUGAGCAUAUGACUGAGGAGGCCGCGUUGCAGUGCAUACAAAGAGCAUUGUUGCUGUUGAAAACUCAUUUGGACACGUUUAAACGGAGAUACGCAUUCCACCUACGUCGCUGGGCACUAGCGGAGUCGGGCGCAUGGGAAGGCAGCGCGAGUGGCGCCGGUAGUGUGCGCGUGUCCUUGCAGCCGGCCGGCACCGGCCCGCGCGCCUCUCUCGCUCUUCAUCAGUCCGACUUGGUGGCACAUUUACGCGCGCACGUGCACGUUUGGUGGGAGAGACAGAUCCAAGGUGAAGAUGGCGUCACGGCUCUAUCAACCGACGGCCCACUCAGGAUUAUUACUCAGGGCCAGGAGCUGACUAUUGAUUAUGAUGAGAGGACGCUGUACGACAUGGGGUUUAAAGAUAAUCAGAUGGUAUUCGUAUCCGUGGGCGUGGGCAGCCGCGGCGCGUGGGCAGAAUGGCCGUCGGCCCAGCCGGCGCCGGCGCGCGCUCGCCUGCCCACGCAUUUGCUCCUCGACCCCACGUACUUCCACCACCUCUUCACGCUCAUGCAAGCCUUAGGACAGAUGAAGGAGCCUGGUACUGGGGAACCAAUAGCACACACAAAAGCGCAACUAUUAUCCCGCCGAGUGUGGGACAUCCUUCAAGCCGUCCCACUUAACCCAACUCUCUUAGAAGCAUUCCAAAACCCCUCAGAAAACAAACUACCAGAGCUGCUAGACCCAAACAGUCCACAGAAACUCAUGUAUUCCUUACACAUAAUAGAUAAACUUAGUUCGAACAAUGGCCCCAAUGCGAAGGAAGCUGGGUCUUUGGAAAAGACUGAAGAGAAGGCUGCGGUUGAGAAUUGGAAUGAACUUUUCAUUAAGAAAGGAGGACUGAGGUUGCUUUAUGAUAUUAUGAUGUCAGGUGUGUUACAACGAAGUGACGACAGCGAAUGGCGACAGGAUUGUCUAGCUCUGCUCUUACAGCUGCUGUGUCGAAUCGGAACCUUGCCGUCCGGUGAAACCGGACAGACACCAAAACUACACCCUGCCUUACUAUCAUUAAUGAACGUGGAGGAAACGACGGAGAGGCUCAUAUCAAUAUUGUGUGAAGCAGCUACUAUGAAAGAGCCCACCACAUAUAAGACUGGUUUUUGGGGACGAGCACAGGUGGUACAACACGCAAUGCGACUGUGUGUGGUGUGGGCGCGCGGCGGCGGAGACGCGGUGUCGCUCGCGUGGUCGCUGCGCCGUGCCGCGCCGCGGUUGCUUCUUGACGACGCGGAUCCUGCGGUCCGUCGCGAGGCGGGCAGCGCGCUAUACAGGCUGUGCGCGGGCGGCGAGACAGCAGUGCUGGCGCCGCUGCUGCAACUGCUGCUGCAGCACUUGCCUCGCGCGGCAGACAUGCGCCCGCACCCGCAGCACCAUCAUGAGGUGGUGCAUCACCACGCCGAGGAAGGCAAGGAGCCGUACGGGCCGGCGUGCAGAGACUACUUUUGGCUGGUCUGCAGGUUAAUAGACGGACUGCCGGAGGAUUUUUUUAAAGAAGGUGCAGUAUCAGAAGACAUUGGAGCACCAGAUCUCAACGAGCUCUGCGAACAGAUUCGAUGUUCGCUGGAAAAACGAGAAAUCAUAGAGAAACGCUCCGAGCCUUGCACUCCUGAUGACGGGCUGUACGGGCAGUUGAGUUUGUUGACGCAUUUGCUCAAACACCCGCUGAGAUUUAAAAACUCUGAACAGGGCACUAGAACUUUGGAAAUGGUGUUCGAAUUUCUUUUCGACGUGCCAAACCCAUCGCAACGCAACCUUCCCAAGUGUAAGUCGCAGAAGUCUCGCGCCGCCGCAUAUGAUCUGUUAGUGGAACUGGUGAAGGGAGCGCCUGACAACUAUAUGGUGCUGCACCAUAAACUGAUGGAGCACCACAAACCUGGACCACAAUCGUCGUACCCAUGGGACUACUGGCCUGCUGACGAAUCAAGAUCGGAAUGUGGAUACGUAGGGCUUACGAACUUAGGAGCUACAUGCUAUAUGGCAUCUUGUAUGCAGCAUCUGUAUAUGAUGCCGGCGGCUAGAGCGGCGGUGCUGAGCGCCGACCCCGCGGCCAGCAGGCACGGGACCACUUUACACGAGAUGCAGAGGAUGUUCGCUUAUCUUAUGGAAAGUGAAAGAAAAGCGUACAACCCGCGCAGUUUCUGCAAAGUGUAUCAAAUGGACCACCAGCCACUCAACACGGGGGAGCAAAAGGACAUGGCGGAGUUCUUCAUCGACCUCGUGUCCAAGCUUGAGGAGAUGACUCCAGAGCUGAAGAGACUGGUCAAGACGCUCUUCUGUGGCGUUCUCAGCAACAAUGUGGUGUCUUUGGAUUGUCCACACGUUUCAAGAACAUUAGAGGAAUUCUACACGGUCCGAUGCCAAGUGGCGGAUAUGCGGAACUUGCAUCAGAGCUUAGACGAAGUGACUGUAAAGGAUACGUUAGAAGGAGACAACUGCUAUACGUGUUCACAGUGCGCUAACAAAGUGCGAGCGGAGAAACGAGCGUGUUUUAAAAAACUCCCGCGCAUUCUCUGCUUCAACACAAUGCGGUACACGUUCAACAUGCUAACGAUGUUAAAGGAGAAGGUCAACACGCACUUCUCUUUCCCGAUGCGCCUCGACAUGUCUGGCUAUGUUGAGAAGCAUCUCAUGCCGGCGCAGUAUCAAGAGGAAAAAAGAAAGUCAGCCGAGUUAAAAAAGGAUGGCGAAGGAAAUUCGUUUACUGAAACGGAAGAAUUAGAAUCGGAAGAGCAUUAUGAGUACGAAUUAAUAGGCGUGACAGUACACACGGGCACAGCGGACGGCGGACACUACUACUCGUUCAUCCGGGAUCGCGAGCAUGACCACCACGACCGAUGGCUACUUUUCAACGAUGCAGAGGUCAAGCCAUUUGAUCCUGCGCAUAUAGCUUCUGAAUGCUUUGGGGGCGAGAUGACCAGUAAAACAUAUGACUCAGUCACGGACAAGUUUAUGGACUUCUCGUUUGAGAAGACGAACAGCGCGUAUAUGCUUUUUUAUGAGCUCAGCGCACCGCGCGCUCAGCGGGGCUCCGACACAGGGCAGCAAGAGGAGGCGCAGUCCUCGCGAGCUGAAGAAAGUCCCAGUUCAGCCUUAGAACGACGGGGAGAAGCAAUCCCAGCUGUGAACCUCCCGCCCGACCUCUUGCGGUGGAUAUGGGACGACAACAUGCAGUUUUUACACGACAAGAACAUUUUCCAGCAUCCCUAUUUCACGUUCAUGGGCCAGAUGUGCAGUUCGGUGCCACAGUCGCUGCUAACGCUCCGGCCGGAGGUCACAGAGGUAGCUGCGAGACUGUCCACAUCUUUCUUCAUUGAAACAUUCAUACAUGCGAAGGAAAAGCCUACAAUGGUGUCGUGGGUGGAGUUAGUCACGAAACAGUUCAACGCUUCCGCGGCCGCCUCCGAGUGGUUUCUUAGCCACAUGGCCGACGAUACUUGGUGGCCUAUGCAGGUAUUAAUAAAGUGUCCAAACCAAAUGGUCCGGCAAAUGUUUCAAAGGCUAUGUAUGCACGUCAUACAAAGGCUAAGGUCUAGUCAUUGUGCCCUGUACCUACAGGGCGUGGAGGAAGGUGAAGACAGCAGUAAACUGGGCGAAGCCAGCUGUGUUACUAGGUUUAUAAGGAUGUUGUUAUCGUUGAUGGAAAGCGGCGCUCGAUCUCAUUUACGGCACUUGACGGAGUACUUUAGUCUGCUGUAUGAAUUCAGUAAGAUGGGCGAAGAGGAGGGAAAGUUUAUACUGAGGGUUAACGCCAUCUCCUCCAUGGUCAACUUUUAUUUGGGACAGAAUUCUAAUACGGUGGAAUCCCCAAACGAAGAAGCGAGCGGUAGCGGUAGUGGAAGCGGUAGUGGAGCGGCGGAAAGCUGUGGGGACAAACUGAGGCCUGGAGCUCUGGACAAAAUGGUCGCACUAGUCAGUGGACUGGUCGAGCGAUCGCGGGACGCCUCCGGACAUCUUGCUUUAGCUGACCCUGAUGCUCGUGUUUUAUUACAUGCGAAGGGGUUUCCUUUCAUCUACCAGCAGACGCGCGACUGCCUGAACCUGCAGCAGACGCGCUCGCUGAUAUUCGCGCUGUGCCGCUGGAACGAGGCGCUCGCGCAGAAGAUCGUCAACAUGAUCUUCCAGGCCAUCGCUAAGCAUUCCGAGAGCUGUGGUCCAUUUUUUAAACUGCUCACCCUGUUGGUGGAGGGUAGCGGGGGCGGUACGGGCGGGGGCACGGGCGCGGCCAGCGGGCUGCCUUGCUUCACCCAGCUCGUGCUGGGGCGACUCUGGGACGCGGGCGACGUCUGUCCGCACGCGGCCUUAGAAUGGCUCGCUAUGCAGGUGCCCCGCAAUAAAGCAGCACACGCGUGGGCUCUACGAACUGCGGACCGCUGGCUUGAGGCACAGCUGUUAGCCGCGGGGCCGGCGCGCGUUCGUGCGGCGGCGGCCUUAUUGCUGGUCGCGUUGGUGCCUUCGCAGAACUUCCGCGCGGGGUACGGUCGCUCGCGACCGCUGCCUGCGCCUGCGUUGCACGUCGCCAAGUUACCCGACACUGCCCACCAUACAUUACACCAGGUAUACACAAUGCUCCUCGGCAAAUUGAAGGCGGCGCGAAAGUACACGGACAUCGCGGUACACGGAACCAUGAAGUUGACGGCGUACUUCGGCGUCAUGUCGUACUGCGUCGUCAGCAGGGUUGAAAAAUUAAUGUUUGGGCAGUACUUCAACGAUCUAUGGGAGCUAUAUCACCCCGCGAUAUCGGAGCCUUCAGUGGCAGUGCACCCCAACAAGCAGGCGCUGCUCACCUUCUGGCACGCCGUGUCGGUGGACUGCCCCGAGAACGUGCAGCUGAUGCUGGCCAACCAGCGGCUCACUAAACACAUCGCCUUCAAUUACAUACUUGCGGACCAUGAAGACGGCGAAGUAGUGGCGUACAACCGCGCGAUGCUGCCGCCGUACUACGCUCUGCUGCGGCUCUGCUGCAGGCGCUCUGCCGCCUUCGCGCGCUCCCUGGCGCAGCACCAGAACAUACACUGGGCCUUCCGCAACAUCGCGCCGCACGCGCAUCUCUACCCGGGCGCCGCGGAUGAGCUGCUAAGGCUAGCACGGAUAUUGGCGGCGCGAGGCGGGGCGGGCGCGUCGAGCGGCACGGAGGGCACGGACGCGCGGGAGGCCGCCGCGUUUCGCCGGAGCACGCUCUCCGCAUAUUUACAGGGUCUGAACGGGCGCACGUGCUGGACCACGCUCAUCUCCGCCUUCUGCACGCUCGUGGAGAACGAGGACGACAGGCUCUACGUGGUCUACAACGGGGGACUGCAGAUGACUUUUGAAGCACUGCACAGUCUCCACGCGGUGUACGUAGAGGGCGGUGCUAGCGUGGGUGCUGUGGGCGGAGUGGGCGCGGGCGUGGGCGUCGGCGUGGGCGGCGGAGCGGUUCGCGCGGAAUUAGUAGCCGCGUUGAGAUGGGCACGCGCGCUAUGCCGUACCCUGAGGCUGCGGAGAGACGCGAAGGAAGCGCGAGCGUUGUUGCUCGCGUGUAAAGACUGGCCGGAGUGCGCGCGGCGGCUGCUCACGCUGCUAAAUUUGCAUCAGAGAACGCCUCGGUUGCCGCACGCUGCGCUUGGUGUGGUGCGUGAGUUGGUGCUAAUCGGCGGCUGUGCGGCACUUGGUGCGUUGGUGCCGUUAGCUGCGGGCGCGCACGCGGCCGCGCGCGCCGCCUCACGUCCGCGCGCACGCAACUCGCAUGGACACCCGCACUCGCCGCGACCGGCGCUGUAUAGGCCCUAUCACAAGUUUAUUGAUACGUGUUGUCGCGUGGCCCGCAGUCAGCGGUGUAUGUCGGAGCAGUUGGUGCUCCUGUCUGCGUUAUGCGCUCUGGAGGCCGUGCCACUGAGGUUCAACUACUUCGCGGCCUUUUGGAGAGACGUGGCUGCUUCACCGGCGGACGCUAAGUUAGAAGAGAUGCUGUUAGAAUGUAGCGUUGUAUCCGAAUACGUAGAUGCAGUGCUUUUGGACGAGCGGGAAUCUCUGGCCGACCCAGCCAUCUACGAGUUCAUGCAGCAUUAUUAUCCAAAGUUGGGAACAGGGACGAGUCCAAACGCGACAAGCGUGUCCGGAGUCGCGGGCGGCUCGGGGACAUCCGGUGCAGUGAUGGGAGGGUCUCGCGCGGCCGAGGCGCUCGCAGACGAGAUAGCGGGCAGCGCGACAGUCGCGUCGCUGGCCACGCUGCUGGGGAACACGCGCGCGUUGCUGCUGCUGGCGGAGAGAGCGCGACCGACGCAGGGCUCGCCGCUAGCGCGCGCCUUGCAGCGAGCGGCCGCGGCGCUGCACCAGAGACUACUCAGGCCUUCUGAAGAAGAAACCGGGGAAACGGAAACGGGCGGAUCACCGAGCGAGACCCGAUGUCCGUCCGCAGAAGGCAGUGAAGCGGAUGAGCCCAUAGAGGAGUCCGACGAAUCCAGCUCGGAAACCCCGGCGCCUUCGCCCCCCGCAGACCUACUGCCGUUAUUAUCACACGCGUUACGACGCCUACACCAGUUGCAGCCGCCUGACGACUGAGCGAGACAGCAAUACCCGCCAUAGAAUAAGGACCUGCCCGCGAACUUUCUACAAUCUUAAAAAACAAAUGUAUGAAUCAUGCCAAGCGGUACUGUAGACUGUGGCCCUUAGUUUCGCGUCUCACCGCGCCACUUAACUUCUUAGGUAUAUUAUUUUUAGUAUUUCUAUGGUAGGUACCGAAAAAAUAUUGUACAUCGACCUUUGGAAGGAGAUAGCGAUUUCGUACACCGACAAAACGCCCCAUUGGUACGAGUGACAGAGACUGCUCUGCGAAGCCGAAACCCCUUUUUAAAGGUUGAUGUACAAUAUUUUUCUGCCGGCUACUGUAAGAAAAUAAACCUGACUCAAAUAAAGGCGCGGCUACUAAGACUUGGUAGUGAAGAGGACGAAUCGCAGACCUAUUGCCGUUAUUAAAUAUGAAAUAAUAUUGAUUUAAAAUGAUUUUUCUAUUGGAGAGAAAAUCACAAAUUGCACACAAAUCUAUUAACUAAAUUGAGACAGAACUACAAUGAUUGAUAACACUAUAGUACACUGCAAGUUGAGAUGGCAAUGGGGGUAUGAGGAGGAGGGGAGGACGUCCUAACCCCGGUUGCCAUCUCAUACUUUAAGAUAUGUCAAUUUACUUGAAAGAUUUGAUACAAUGAAAGUAGCACUAUCCAAACGUUUUCUUUGGCCGUCAAAGAUGUAUUAAUUUUAUUAGAAAGUAGCGCGAAUCAUUUACGGUUUCUAUUGUAUACUAAGAAUUCUCGGAAAACAUAUCAGACACAAAAAACCCCAUAAGGUACAUUUGAUUUGUUUUUUGAGACCCAUUUUAUAGAUGGCUCAAGUUGUAGUUUUUUAUAGAAAAUAAAGGAAAAAUUUAGUUAACUGCGUCUUUUCGUUCACUUUAUGUAAUAAAAAUAAUAUUAUGUUGUUUAGUAAGAAUGUGUAUGUAAUUAUUUAUAACACUAUCUUUGGAUUAGGUAAUAGUUUAAUUCCUCAAAUGUGAUCGUGCAUCCAGACUUCAAUGGCAUUACAACAAUACAUGUUUUUAUAACAUUUGUAGUAGAUUUUUCAUAAUAAUAAUUAUAUAACAACGUUCAAUAAUGCGGAUGUGUGUUAUAAAAACUUAGUUUUAUAACAUCCACAUAAUGUUUCAUAACUGGCCUGAUGUAAAUCUGCUUUUAAGAAGUAAAUUUCCUUAAAGCUGAUUUACAUUAGGCUAGUUAAAAGUGAUCAGUGCUCUUCCAGCACUGAUAUCGUGUUAAUUGAUUUUAAGUCUUUAAUACGAUAACUUGUUUUGAACCGGUUUUACACUGAGUCAUUAUAAAGACGCUGACACUGACUCAGUGUAAAUCUGCUCUGAUUAUUUUAAAAGAUCGCUUGGUAUGUCAAAUACAUUAAUUAAUAACACAACAUCAAGUACUUUAAACUGUUAUUAUAUAAUAUAGUUAUAUUAUAGUUUUUGUAUCAUAAAUUAUUGGUUGUUAGAUGAAACAAGAUAACUAAUCUAAAUCCUCUACCUGUGUUGUUAAGAAAAUAAUAAAAACACAGGUCUUAGAUUUACUAGAGUUUUGUUUCAAUUGCUACUCAGUUGCUGUAAUUAUUAAAAUAUACAUAAAUUAAAAGUAAACUUAAUGAAUAAAGUUAAUGUUUCUAAUAUAAUAUCCUAAUAAUUGAUAACUAACUGAUGCCCACGACUUCGUCCGUAUGGAUUUAGGUUUUAAUACGUGGGUACUGUUUGAUUUUCUGGAAUAAAUCCAAUGCCUUUCGCCGGGUCUUUAAGUACAUUCAUGUGCAAAAUCAGGCUGAUCCGUUGUUCCUUUGCGCCGCAACUAAAGGACAUACAAACAAACACUUUCGCCUUUAUAUAUGGGUAGUGAUAUUAUCUGUAUUCUAUAUCCAAUAAUUCAUUAGUUUAAAAAUUUAAUUGGUAUUUUACUUGCAUGCUUCUGCCUGAAUUGCUCCUGUGUUGAUUAUUUUAUCGGAAACGUGACAGCAGCCUAAUAAGAAUUCUGUAGGCUCUGUAUAAGAUUUUUACAUCUCAUCAACAAUAAUAGAAAUUGAGUAUCGAAACAUCAGAGUAAAAUGCACCUAAAUUGACUUGGUUUAAAGUUGAAAAUUCAGUAACGUCGAUUCGCCUUUGGAGCGCUAGCUGUUAGAUGUAUGGACGAACUUGAGCUUCAAAACAAGGCUGUGAAGGUCCAUUUUACUUUAACGAUAAAGUGGUUGGUGAGAUUUAAAAUCUACGGAAUAAAUGUUUCAGUUAAGACUUUUAUGGUAUUUAAUCACGGCUCUUGUUUUUUGUAUUUUUUUUAUAUAUAGAAUGUUUGAAUAAGUGUUUAAGCUUGUUUGCUUGUAUGAUUGAUUUAGGCCAGUGCUUCCCAAAUAGUGGUACAGAUACGAGACAGAUCCCUUUUUUAAACGGAAACAAAAAAUUAUUUCAGUAAUAUAAAAUGCUAUUUUUUUCUUGUAAUUCUCAAACGGCUGGAAGUAAACCGUCAAUCCAUUUCAUUUUAAAUAAAAAAAAAUUGCAAUAGUCAGUAUUUUCAUAGCCAUUUAGGGAAAGGGCAUGAUUGACACGGCCAUUUAAGAUUCAUUACUACUUAUUAUUUAUUGGCAUGGGUUAUAUCAUGUUUAUGAGCACGAAAGCUUUAUUUGAUUUUAAUAAUUUAUUUACUAAUUUCGUUCAAUUUAAAAAUUAAACAUAAUAUUAUUUAGAAAUGAAUGAAAAAUGACAACGAAUUGCACGUUUGAUUGAAUUAUUACAUAUUCCUAUCUAUUUUUAAUUUAUUUUUUCGUUAAUUUGUAUUUGCAAACUAUUUGAGAACCACUGUUUUUAUUUUUAGGCAUAGAAAUUGUUUUGAGUGUAAGUAUACAUAUUAUAAGUAAUUAUAAUAAACAUAUUACAGCUAAUCGCACAUUAAUCCAUACCGAAGAAACGAAUCGAAACGAAGCGACUUUAAUCAUGCCAUUUCACUCACACGAUACACGGAUACAGUGUGUAAAUGAGAGAAAGAGUAACGUCGCCAUUUUGAUUCGUUUCCUUGUUAUCACAAGUUAUACCGUAUACACGCGUUAGUAUGCCCCAUAAAUUACCGUAUUUUCUACAAAAGAAAAUAGAAAAAAAUGCACUUUUAUAAAAACCGGUUAAGUGCCGGAACUUUCGUGUGCGAGUCGGACUCUCACACCAAAGGUUCCGUACCAUCGUACAAGAAAUAACACUUGAUUUUUUGUGGUGUACCUAACCACCAAAUCCGAUUUUCAGAUUUCCCCCUUUACUUGUUCUACAAGACAUUCCUACCUGCCAAACAUGAUUAUAGCUCAUCGGCAAGUAUUGUAUAGGUUUUGAUUUUCGGGCCUUGACAGAAUCGACAGACAAACAAUGAAAUAAUCCUAUAAGGGUUCCUUCUUUCUCUAGAGAUACGGAACCCUAAAAUC